UCGGUCAUGGGUUUAACUUUAACCUGCCGUACUCGCAAAGUUCACUAUCUAGUGACACGUGACACAACACGUGCGGCACGAACUAGCAGUACCUGUGAACGUUUCAGACUUCCUGGAAACCAUGAGUAUGGCAACUUAAUGGCGGCGUGGUGGUUAUGUGAUAUUCGAUGGCAGCGGUUCGAUAUCAAAAUAUUUCUUCGUUCACUCCAAAUUAUCACGCGGAUGGAUAUCAGUGAUCCACCACUGCGGCGAUCUACCCAAAAGAUUCGUCAAGUAAUCCACCUCGCGAUCAUCAUAUCAUCGCACGCAGAUGAUACAAGCACCUCUAUCGGCAUCAAGAAACUGAGGAGGCGUGCCUCUCACAGAUGUACCUCUCAUCCAGAAAUCUUCAUCGUAGAGGUCGAAACGAUGCUCAGGAAGGGCUGGGUAGAAAAGUUUGAACGGGCGGUAGAGUCGACCUUUUUCAUCCUUGGUGUGGCACAGCUACUGCCUGAAGAUGCCCAACUUAUUCCGAAUCGCCUACAGACCCAUAAAACAAUGGUCCUCUAUUCUCCUUCUCGUGUGCGUAGAUCUGUGGAACAGUUUGAUCCUUUGGCCCGACUCUCUCUCUCUCUCUGGCGUGGCCGCAGUGGGGGUAGCAAGACCACAGUGCGCCAUGCACGUGUUGUCACUGACUUUGCUCAGAUCCUUCACCGUAUCAAGUUUCUAUGCCAGUUAUCGGAGAUUGAGUUCAACUCAAUCGAGCUAGAAUGA